AGUUGAUCUUCCGUGCGGAAAGCAUCGUUUCUGUUCCUGCGGUCAACCGUGUGGUGCGUGUAGCUAGCCUUCUACCCGAUAGACAAAAAGGUACGCACAUCCUUCGGGGGGACAACGUAUUGUCGUCGCUUCUCGCUGUGUUAUCUAGUGCUUCGUCGCUUAUCAGAACAUACUGCGCCCGUGAAACUGGAACACUCUGCUGGGAAACAAUUUGUCAGUCCAGUACGUUGCAACCGAUAGUACCAUCAUCAUCAUAGUUUUCCGUUGAGUUUCUAGCAUUGUAGACGGUUUUAUCGUACCGGAGUGUUUUUACCCAGCGCAGGGCAACAAUUAGCAACGAAUCUCUCGGUCUCCCGUCUGUACCUGCACCCUUUUGUAAGGUGAACAUUUAACGUAUUUGUGUGUAUGUAUCUGGAGCGUAAAGCAUAGUGUGACCGGCGUCCGAUUUUGAAACUCCAUAUUUGCUACUGCCAAUACGUAGUGACGCCCGAAACGGCUCAUUAUCGUCGCACCAGACUAAAGGUCGUUGUUCGCUCGUUAGAUUGAUUGACUGCCGAUUAUUCAACACUUUAAAACACAGAACCGCUAAACGGAACAAAUACUAGCAAUGGGUUACAAUCUUGGAACGGAAGAGUUGUCGAACAAAUCCAGUGGACUUUGGCGGGCGUUGCUUGCAGAGUUUGUUGGUAUUUUCAUAUUAAACUUUUUCGCCUGUGCCGCAUGUACCCACGCGAAUGGCGAUAAAACGUUGAUCUCCCUCGCCUUCGGUCUGAGUGUAUUUAUGGUCGUCAUGUCGAUCGGUCACAUUAGCGGUGGUCACAUCAAUCCCGCUGUCACCGCUGGAAUGUUGGCCGCCGGCAAAGUGAGCGUCAUCCGUGCUCUGCUGUACGUCGUCGCACAGUGUGCCGGUGCCGUUGCCGCCACAACAACGCUCGACGUGCUGAUACCGAAAAGCUACCAUAACGGGUUGGGUAACACGGGCCUGAAGGAUGGCGUUACGGACCUGCAGGGACUGGGCUUCGAAUUCUUCCUCGGAUUCGUGCUGGUGCUGUGUGUGUUCGGUGUCUGCGAUGAUAAUAAACCCGAUUCCCGCUUUGUCGCUCCGCUCGCCAUCGGUCUCACGGUUAGUCUGGGUCAUUUGGGUGUGGUCGAGUACACCGGUUCGAGCAUGAAUCCGGCCCGCUCGUUCGGAACUGCAUUCGUGACCGACAGCUGGGCACAUCAUUGGAUCUACUGGGCUGGACCGAUUCUGGGUGGUGUUGUGGCGGCGUUGCUUUACACCCAGCUGUUCAAAGCACCGACCGUUAGCGAUGCUUCCGAGCGCUAUCGAACCACCGCCGACGACAAGGAGAUGCGUCGGCUGGAUGGCAAGCACGAAAUGGUCUAACGCCUGGUUCGUCCAUAGUUUUUUUCCUGCAAGCUCAUCUACGUAAUGUGUCCGCCGCAACAGGUUGUUGUUUCAUGUUGUACGUUUUUACUAACUGACCUCAUGCGCUGAUUCGUUCGAAGGCAAUCGUGUUUUGUGUCGUUUACGGUCAAAUGAAUCCAAGGGCGGGGUUGGAAAAUUUAAGUUAAGCUGCGUGUCGCUUACUAUCGUUUUCUGGUAGCUUGGUAUAUCGAGAGAUAUAAAACACAAGAAACAAGCGUAUCACAAAGUUACUGUUAAUAAACGUUUUAAAAUAGGUAUAACAAAUCGA